AUGCGUUGGGUCGAGUUUCAAAAAGACUACGCGGAGGGAAAGGGGUUGGAAAAGGUCUUCAAACACUAUGAGAACGAGUUCCAAAGCAUCAUCUACCGCCGAUUCAAGUACCUGUACUCGACCAACGAAGGAUGGAAACGGCAGGGUAACCCCCAAGACAGACGCGAGGAAGAGGAAAAGGAGAUCGUAAAAGAGCGGGCAGAUGAUCCAACGAAUAUUGUUGUUGUGAUACCGGAUCAUCGGGCACGGCGUCUUCAGCACCUCCUCAGCGAUCUUGUGGGGCUGCUGGAUGAAGAGUCGGGUAUGAGGUUCAAUCGUCCCGUGCGGAGAUGCGGUAUGGUAGUCAGCAGAAAAGCACUGGCUUAUGGAAGUGCGGAUAUAUUUGAGAAAGAUCCUGAACGGACUGACCACUAUCGCAUACCCUGCGACUGUCAGGACCCUGAUUCCGGCUGCAACAAGACACUGAAAGAUUUUAAACAUCGUCAACUGAAGGAUACCAGCGGGAAGGGCUUUGCGAGGAGGGAAACCUCUUACUGGGAGCCUCGGAAUCAGCCUCCGGUAUCUGAUGUAUCUGCCUUCCGGAUGAGGGUUACAAGCCCCGGAGAUAAGUGCUAG